CCACUGGAAAGCUCAAUGCGCUAUCUAAUCCAAGAUGUCUGCUGCGGCAUUGACGCGUCGCGUUUUCGGUCAACAAAUAUCUAAUAUCGCCAGUUUGACGGUCUCGGUGUUGUCCCAGGUGCCUAGAAGAUACAAAUGGAAACUCGUGAAACUACCAGAACCGGGCACUGGCAUAGCCUACCGAAGAGUCGUACAUUACAAAGACGAGUACACGGUGGAGCCCUUGCAAGUCACGAAUCUAGCAGGCAGAGAUCCUAUCACAGGCAGACUAGUAUGCAAGGGUAUCGGGGGUGGCAUAAAGCACAAGUUUCAUUGGAUCAAGUGGAUCAGAGAUGGCCCUACGGAUCUUAAUGAACCGCCAAAGGAAGAGAAAAUCCUGGAAGUCUUUAAGGAUGGUUGUAGGACGUGUUUUGUUGCGUUGGUCGGUACCGGUCGCGAACUCAAAUACAUUUUAGCCACGGAGAACAUGAAGCCGGGUGACAUAAUACGUACUCAUCGGGGAAUACCGCGUAAUUUUGUGAGACCCUUCGAAGGAGACGCCUAUCCUCUUGGUGCCUUACCUAUGGGAACUCCCGUUCAUUGUGUAGAGAAAUAUCCGGGACUAGGUGGGUUUUUGAUUCACUCUGCUGGCACCGUCGGAACAAUAAUGAAGCGAGACGGCGGGAAUCGCGUGGUAGUACAGAUGCCUAGCAAGAAACUUUUCAGUCUUCACGAGACAUGCAUGGCUACGGUCGGUCGAUUAUCGAACAUCGAACACAAUUCCACGCCGGUUGGUAGUGCGCAGAAAAAUCGGGAAUUGGGAAAUCGGCCGAGGAGCGGUCUAUGGCAACGCAAAACUGGCAGAUUCGGCCGUAAAAUUAAGCCGCCUCCUCGUGUACAACGUGUUGGCGAUGAAAAAUCGACGUUACCUGACGUACUUGUUUUGAAUAGCCAUCAUAAUGUUUAGGCUAUUUCACGAAUAAAUUGCAGUAGGUUAAGGUAAUAAUAAAUGCUCGUUUCAAACACU